AUGUCGAAAAUCACAGUCGCCGGAGUGCGCCAGAACGUGCAACAACUUCUCGACUACUCUUUGAACGAGAAGAAGCGAAACUUCCUCGAGACGGUCGAACUCCAGAUUGGCCUCAAGAACUAUGAUCCCCAGCGUGACAAGCGUUUCUCUGGCACCAUCAAGCUGCCCACCGUCCCUCGCCCGGGCAUGACCAUCUGCGUUCUCGGUGACCAGCACGACAUCGACCGAGCCAAGCACCACGGUGUCGACGCCAUGUCGUCCGACGAUCUCAAGAAGCUCAACAAGAACAAGAAGCUGAUCAAGAAGCUCGCCCGCAAGUACGACGCCUUUGUCGCCUCCGACAGCUUGAUCAAGCAGAUCCCCCGUCUCCUGGGUCCUGGUCUGUCCAAGGCCGGCAAGUUCCCUACCCCGAUCUCCCACAACGAAGAUCUCGCCGGAAAGAUCACCGAAGUCAAGUCGACCAUCAAGUUCCAGCUGAAGAAGGUCUUGUGUAUGGGUGUCGCUGUCGGCAACGUCGGCAUGACCGAGGACGAGCUCAUCUCCAACAUCAUGUUGGCCAUCAACUACUUGGUGUCUCUCUUGAAGAAGGGCUGGCAAAACGUCGGCAGCUUGACCAUCAAGGCAAGCAUGAGCCCUCCCAAGAGAUUGUAUUAG